UUUAUUGCCCCAGCAGGACGCACAAGCGGAUACCUGGAUGCCAUGGAUGCAGAGGAGAAAUCCCCCGCCGACAGCGGAGUGCAGCUCCUGGACAUCGGCUCCAACUCGCCCCCUCCCGAGCCCCAAGGUGCGGAGGACACCGGCCACCUGGAGAAGCCGCCGUUUUCAUACGUGGCUCUCAUCGCCAUGGCCAUCAAGGAGAGCCCCGCCAAGAGACAGACCCUGAGCGGAAUAUACGACUACAUCAUCUCCAAGUUCCCCUACUAUGAGAAGAACAAAAAAGGGUGGCAAAACAGCAUCCGUCACAAUUUGUCACUUAAUGAGUGCUUCGUAAAGGUGCCCCGGGAGAGCGGAGGGGACAGGAAGGGCAACUUUUGGAUGCUGGACCCGGCUUUUGAGGACAUGUUUGAGAAGGGGAACUACCGGCGGCGGAGGAGGGUGAGGAGACCCUACAGACCGGCGAGCGUGCCUUACCUGACCGGGAACCCCGUGGAGUAUCCCGACCCGCUCUACCUGCAGCAUUAUGUGAGCCCGUGGGCUCUGUGCCAGCCCGGCUCGUCCCAGCCGACCGGAUACCCAGCGCCCCAGGUCAUCACCGGACACACCCGCAGCGUGUCCCCUAGCGGCCCGGUGAGCUCGUACUGCCCGUCCCCACACUUCCACCACCCGGCAUACGGCGCUUACCACCGCCACCCGUCCGUGCUGGUCCCCCACAACGGGUGUCCCUACGGCGGAGUGACCCAGCCGAUGAGCCCCGACGGAGGCACCGCUUCCGUGGGGUGCAGCUACCAGCAGUUCAGCUCGUAUGGAAGGCAGGCGGAGGCGCCGCUGGGUCAUUCAUACGACCUGUAGGGGUUACAGUUGAUGGCCAGUACACAAAACCCAAAGUUAAUCUCUGAACCAUUUCAGUUCAGCUGUCGUUCGGUUGUCAGGUAACGUUAGCAUGGAUGAGUUGGAGUGUAAAUGUCUUCAUUGUUAAUUAGACUACCUGUUAAAUGAGCUGUUGGUUUUUAUUCUCAUUGCAUUUAGCUUCAGUAAUGGCACGGUGUGAACUGCAUGGAUACAGCUGAUGAACUCUGAGGUUCAGCCUAUGUUUGGCCUCUUUUAUUGGACAGCUAUUGUUUUUUUGUUUGUUUUUUUUGCAAAAAUAUAAACUCGUUUUACUUUGUGUUUUUUAUAAUUUGAUUUUU